CAAAUGAAAUUGUAAAUCUAUAUGUAUAUGUUUGUUAGAAAUAUAUUAUAUAUAGUCAGUGGCUUAUUUUACACCCCACGCAUGGUUCUUUGGCUUAGUAGAGUCUGGUGGGUAUACUAGCUAAGCGCGUUAGUCCGCAUUUAGUUAAUAGUCAUAGUCAUUAAGAGGCAGUUGCCUCUGCUGCUGUCCGGAGUCGGCUAGUCGGAGUUCAGUUCAGUUGACGCGUUCAGCGAGUAUAGAUGCUAGCUGACAUAGGGAACGUUGCAUUGGAGCACAAAUUUUAUCCUCGCGAUAGUGAAUGUGUAAAGAACCCCCUUUUAACGAACGACCUUUAACCCUACUGAGUUCAAGUAAUAGCCUAGCUGCAGGCGCUGGUCGUCGAUCUCUGUCUUCUGACAUCUACAAUUAUCUGGAUUAUCGUUAUCGGAACAGUUCUCCCCCGGAUUUUGUGAGAGCUUUAAGCCCAUCAUGCUACCAAGACUGAUACUACCAAUAAUUCUGCUACUCGUUAUUAUAGGCACAUUAUCAAAAGCUUGCGAUUUGGAUCAAAUGCAAUAUGGAUGUCGUAUCUAUAAUGCACAAUGCAGAUGCGGUUACGGUUGUUCUUCUGAAUACAGAUACAAUACUAACGAAGAUUGCAAAGAAGCGUUAAGAGGUAGGCGUAGUGAUAUAUGUUAUAGAUCGAAACCUUGUUUGAAUGGAGGAUCAUGUUUGCAAAUAUCAUCAGAUCCUGGAUUUAAAUGUCGCUGCGAAGGAACUGGUUAUUACGGACCACAUUGUGAUAAACCUUGCCCAGGACCAAAUAACCAACGUUUUCGAGGACCAUUUCCUUACGAGUGUGUUGUAAUUUAAUUUGUAAUUUACCUUUUUUUAAUCUAUCAAAAAUCAAAUACAUAUUAAGUACAAAAAAUAAACAUAUUUUGCGAAAAUUUA